AUGGCGAACUUGGUGUGGGAUUGGGCCGAAGGCGCCCAAGUUGGAUCCACGAGUCCAGGCGUCGCCUCCCCGAAGCAUAAGAAAGAUGCCGAGCCGGAGACGGAAGCCACACCAUUGAUGAAGAUGCUACAAAAUGCUGGGCCCGUAAGAACCGAUGGAAGUGACAAGUUCUUCGGGAUGGAAAACUUUGGCAAUACCUGCUAUUGUAAUUCAGUGGUCCAAGCCUUAUACUACUCGGUCCCAUUUCGAGAAAAUGUCAUCAGAUACCCUCCCCACUCGCCCUUCGAUACGCCAAACGGACAUCCACCGAUUGUCACCCCAAUAAGAGCACCUGUACAGAAUGGCGCAGCGGUCCCACCGGCCGGCAAGCCAAAGGGUAUAUCCGCGGCGGAAGCAAUGAAGAGAAGAGCGGCCAUAAAUUCAGGUCAACCAUUACCCCCAGGGCAAAUACAGCGACCAGAAGAUAAGCCUGACUCGCCCGAAUACAAGAAGAAGCACGCGAUGCUUGCGGGACCCAUAUUGGAGUUAACAUACGAGAACGCAAGCUCAUAUGCCAUGGAAGAAUCGACAUUCACAGCCUUGAAGGAUAUCUUUAUGGCCCUCAUUGCGAAUCCUUCCCGGAUAGGCGUUCUGAGCCCGCAGAGGUUUCUAGAGAUUUUCAAGCGUGAUAAUGAGAUGUUCCGGACAUCUAUGCAUCAAGAUGCCCAUGAAUUUUACGGAUUGGUCCUCAAUGCUGUUAUUUCCAACGUCGAAGCGAAUGCUCGGCGGUUGAAGGAGUUGGAAUUACCACACGAUGAUACAGCUCUCGCCAAGGCAGCGAUGGCCUCGGCUGCCAAUGCCAUGGGGUCGAAUUCAGGAACAGGUUGGGUCCAUGAGAUAUUCGAGGGCGUUUUGACAUCCGAGACCAAAUGUUUAACUUGCGAAACUGCAUCGCAGCGAGACGAGACCUUCCUGGAUCUUUCAAUCGAUUUAGAAGAGCAUUCAUCCGUGACCUCGUGCUUAAGGAAGUUCUCGGCGGAGGAGAUGCUUUGUGAAAGGAACAAGUUCCACUGUGACAACUGCGGCGGCCUUCAAGAGGCUGAGAAGCGGAUGAAGAUCAAGCGGUUACCGAAGAUUUUAGCUCUCCAUUUGAAGAGAUUCAAAUACACCGAAGAUAUGACCCGGCUACAGAAGCUAUUCCACCGCGUUGUAUAUCCCUAUCACCUCCGCAUGUUCAAUACCACGGAUGACGCCGAGGACCCGGAUCGGCUUUAUGAGCUAUACGCUGUGGUUGUUCAUAUUGGUGGAAAUGCUUACCAUGGUCAUUACGUCUCCGUUAUCAAGACGCAAGAUCGCGGUUGGCUAUUAUUCGACGAUGAAAUGGUGGAGCCAGUUGACAAAAACUAUGUGAGGAAUUUCUUCGGAGACAAACCUGGAAUGGCAUGCGCCUACGUUCUUUUCUACCAAGAGACGACUGAGGAAGCUAUGCGCAAGGAGCAGGAGGCGGAAGGACUUGCCGAAGUUACCCUUGCCUCUCAGGAGGCUGAUGCUUCUCUUGUUGACUCGCACCCAAAUGGUAUCAUCAGACAGGCCACUAACCCCAAUACACCUGUCGACGAUAAAGAAUAUCUAUCGCUCGACCACGCCAUGUCCGCUCCGCUACCUACCAUACCUCAUGCAAACCCUCGACCCAUGGUACCUUCACCCCCUCUCUCUGCACAAUUCCCGGCUCCAGAGGCAGCAAAACCGAAGAGCAAGGAGGAGAAGGAACGAGAGAAGAAAGAAUUGAAGGAGGCAGAGAAAGCGAGGAAGGCCGCGGAAAAGGAGAAAGCCAAAGCCGAUGAGCAGAGAAGGAAGGAUCUGAUAAAUAGCAGAAAAGAAAUCCAGAAGACUCAGGCGGAUGAAGUUAAAAGAGCACUGGCUGCGAGUAAGCAAUCCGCCGCCGAAGAUGAAGAAAAGCGGAAGCGCGAAGCUGCUGCUGCCGCCGGAAACGGGCACGAACCCCCGAAGGAGAAUGGACACAGCGACAGAGGUUUCGGGCUCCACGCGUUAAGUCGAAGCCAGAAGCGAUCCAAGAGCCUGAGCCGCAAGAGCCUUGGAUUCCUAGGUGGUAAGAACGGGGAAUCCAAGGGGACAUCAUCAGGGGAUGAUUCACAUUUGGCAGUCGAAGGAGAACCAGGACCACCGACGCCAGAGAAGCAUUCGAAAUUCAACAAAGAUAGAUUCAGUUUCAGUGGAUUAGGGAGGAAGAAGAGUAAUCUAAUGAGUCCCUGA